ACGAGCACGAUUGGUUCUUUAAAAAGUGCCCGAUCUAAAACGAAACGCAGAACAAGACUCCCCGCCCAAGAGCAGAGCAAAUGGCGACCUCGGCUGCUGAUCCGGCGGCCGCACAACCGUACGUCGUAGAGGACUGCCCUGGCCUGCUGCAGCUGCUCAGCGACGGCACCGUGGUGCGCUUCGGGCCGCCGCCCUUCCCUACCGUCGACGACGGCCGCGUGGAGUGGAAGAACGACGUGUACGACACCGACCGCGGCCUCGGCGUCCGCAUGUACAAGCCGGCAGCGGCGGGCGCAGGAUCAGAAGAGCACACGACGUCAAAGAAGAAGCUCCCCGUGGUCGUCCACUUCCACGGCGGGGGAUUCUGCGUGGGCUCCUACGCGUGGCCCAGCUUCCACGCCGGCUGCGUCCGCCUCGCCGCCGAGCUCCCCGCCGUCGUGCUCUCCUUCGACUACCGCCUCGCGCCGGAGCACCGCGUCCCCGCCGCCUACGAGGACGCCGCCGCGGCACUCCUCUGGCUCCGCUGCCAGCUCGCCUCCAACGUCAACCCGUGGCUCGCCGACGCGGCCGAUGCACGCAGGGUGUUCGUCUCCGGGGAAGCCACGGGGGGAAACCUCGCGCACCACCUGGCCCUCACGGCGCCGGGCCUGGACAUCGCCGGGCUGAUCCUGGUCACGCCGGCAUUCCUGUCGGAGCAGCCGACGCGGUCGGAGCUGGACACGCCGGCGACGGCGUUCCUGACGAGGGAGCUGUGCGACGCGCUGUGCCGCCUCUUCCUGCCGGCGGGGGCCGACAAGGACCACCCGCUGAUCAACCCGCUGGGGCCGGAGAGCCCGAGCCUGGAGCCGCUGCUGGACGUUGCGGUGCUCGUGGUGGCCGCGGAGGGCGACCUGCUGAGGGACAAGACCGUGGAGUUCGCCGAGCGGCUCAGGGCCUUGGCGGCCGCCGCGGGGAAGGGGAAGGAGGAGGAUUACGUGCAGGUGGAGCUCGUCGUGUUCCAGGGUGAGGAGCACGGCUUCUUCGGGCUCAAGCCCGCGUCCGCGGCCGCCGGCGAGCUCGUCCGCCUCAUCGCCCGGUUCGUAGCUAGGUCGUCGGUCGUCGGGCAGCCAGAUGAUCUAGUUGUUGAGCCGUGAUCGGAUCGCCGUCGUCCGUUGUGUUGUGUGCAACCAUGCAUACGUCAGAUUCCAUUUCCAUGCAUGUCGCCAUCUGCGUUUUCUCUCUGCGUGCAAUAAUUCAACACGACUUGCUCAUAUGUUGCCCUUGUUAUUUCCAUGCGAAACAACUCUUACGUGUCAAAAAAAAAACAUGCGAAACAACUCUCCCAA